UUCACUACUGUAGUGAAAUACUGAUGCUCACGAAAAACAACUAGCAAGCCAGCCCUUUUACAAACAGGAAAACAAUACUUAUAUUUAAACUGACUUGUCCCAUGGCUUAAACUCCCUUAUAUCGGACAACGCAGCUGUGAACGACAAUACACACCGUUGAGUGCUGCUUUGGUCUAAAGUUGACUUAGCUACAGUUGUGGAUGCAUGACGAGAAUCUGAAAGAUGACGACUGAGACCCACGUCAAGGACAUCAAGCCAGGACUCAAGAAUCUCAACGUUAUCUUCAUCGUACUGGAAACCGGUGAGGGACGAGUGACAAAAACAAAGGAUGGGCAUGAGGUGCGGACCUGUAAGGUGGCCGACAAGACAGGCAGCAUCAGCAUCUCUGUUUGGGAUGAGGUGGGGGGACUGAUCCAAACUGGUGACAUAAUCAGACUCACUAAGGGAUAUGCGUCUGUGUUCAAAGGUUGCCUGACUCUGUACACAGGCAGAGGUGGAGAGCUGUUGAAGAUUGGAGAGUUCUGCAUGGUGUACUCCGAGGUACCAAAUUUCAGUGAGCCUAACCCCGAGUAUUCGAACAUGGACCAGAUGAAAAACAAGACGGUACUCAGUGACCAAGGAAACAUACUGAACAAUAAUUCAGCUGGAAAUGACACUACCAAUGGGAACGGUGUGAAUUCACAAGGUUCCGGGAGCUCAAUUACCCCUCCGCAGGGAGGGCGGGCUGGCAGUGGUGUCGGCAGCAGGGCAAACAAUCCAGGAGGGACCACUGUCAAUGGAAAGGAGACCAGACGUUCUACCAAAAGAUGAUUAGAGAAGAGAGAAGCAAAGUCCAUCACGUGCCAGAAAUUUCAAAUGAGAGACUCUACCACUGAAGACUCAUGUUUCUUUUACAAACUGUGUAAUCAGUCUUUAUAUAUUUGUAUUAUUUAGUUUUGUUGAAAUUACCAUGACCAUUUUAUUUACUUGUCUUUGUAAAGUGGGUUAAAAAUUAGUAUCUUAAUUAGGUUUGUUUAAGGAACACGGUUCACAAAAGCUGCAACAAGUUUCCCUUACUUUUUUUUUUUUUUUUUACAAUUAAGGUGUUUAAUGGGAAGUCAUGCGUUUUUCAAAGGAAGUCAGGCAGGGAUGUUACCAUCCCUUUGUUUAAAAUGUGAUACUUUUUUUUAAACAAUGUUUUUCUUUAAUUUUCUGCACUCAAUGUUAAAAGUUUUCCCAUGAGAUGUCUAAAAUAUAAAAUGACUCUUAGUUAAUGUGCUGUGUAGGCUCUGUGUUCAAAAAGUAACCUAAGGCUGACAGAUGGGUGUGUAGUUGGAUUUUGGCAAUCAGCAACAAGCAUAUACAGUUGAAGUCGGAAGUUUAAAUUACACUUAUGUUGGAGUCAUUAAAACAUGAUUUUCCACAAUUUUCUUGUUAACAAACUAUAGUCUUGGCAAGUUGGUUAGGACAUCUACUUUGUGCAUGACAAGUACUUUUCCCAACAAUUGUUUACAGAUUUCACUUAUACUUCACUGUAUCACAAUUCCAGUAGGUCAGAAGUUUAUACACUAAGUUGACUAUGCCUUUUAACAGCUCCAGAAAAUGAGGUCAUGGCUUUAGAAACUUCUGAUGGGCUAAUUGACAUCAUUUGAGUCAAUUGGAGGUGUACCUGUGGAUGUAUUUCAAGGCCUACCUUCAAACUCAGUGCCUCUUUGCUUGACAUCAAAAGAAAUCAGCCAAGAUUUCAGAAAAAAAACUGUAGACCUCCAAGUCUGGUUCAUCCUUGGGAGUAAUUACCAAACGCCUGAAGGUAACAUGUUCAUCUGUACAAACAAUAGUAUGCAAAAAUAAACACCAUGAGACGACGCAGCCGUCGUACCGUCUCCUAGAGAUGAACGUACUUUGGUGCGAAAAGUGCAAAUCAAUCUCAGAACAGCAGCAAAGGACCUUGAAGAUGCUGGAGGAAACCGGUACAAAAGUAUCUAUAUCCACAGUGAAAUGAGUCAUAUAUCAACAUAGGAAGAAAGGAAGAAGCCAUUGCUCCAAAACCACCAUAAAAAAAUUCAGAUUACGGUUUGCCACUGCACAUCGGAACAAAGAUCAUACUUUUUGGAGAAAUGUCCUCUGGUCUGAUGACAUUUACAUUUAAGUCAUUUAGCAGACGCUCUUAUCCAGAGCGACUUACAAGUUAAUUUUUUUUACCUUUAUUUAACCAGGCAAGUCAGUUAAGAACACAUUCUUAUUCUUCAAUGACGGCCUGGGAACAGUGGGUUAACUGCCUGUUCAGGGGCAGAACGACAGAUUUGUACCUUGUCGGCUCGGGGGUUUGAACUCACAACCUUCCGGUUACUAGUCCAACGCUCUAACCACUAGGCUACCCUGCCGCCCCAAAAAUAGAACUGUUUGGCCAUAAUGACCAUCGUUAUGUUUGGUGGAAAAAGAGGCUUGCAAGCCGAAGAACACCUUCCCAACCGUGAAGCACGGUGGUGGCAGCAUCAUGUUGUAGGGGUGCUUUGCUGCAGGAGGGACUGGUGCACUUCACAAAAUAGAUGGCUUCAUGAGGAAAGGAAAAUGAUGUGGAUAUAUUGAAGCAACAUCUCAAGACAUCAGUCAGGAAGUUCAAGCUUGGUCGCAAAUGGGUCUUCCAAAUGGACAAUGACCCCAGCAUACAUCCAAAGUUGUGGCAAAAUGGCUUAAGGAUGACAAAGUCAAGGUAUUGGAGUGGCCAUCACAAAGCCCUGACUUCAAGCCUAUAGAAAAUUUGUGGGCAGAACUGCAAAAGCGUGUGCAAGCAAGGAGGCCUACAAACCUGACUCAGUUACACCAGCUCUGUCAGAAGGAAUGGGCCAAAAUUCACCCAACUUAUUGUGGGAAGCAUGCGGAAGGCUAUCCAAAACGUUUGACCCAAGUAAAACAAUUUAAAAGGCAACCAACUACUAACCCACUGGGAAUGUGAUGAAAGAAAAUAAAGCUGAAAAAAAAUCACUACUAUUAUUCUGACAUUUCACAUUAAAAUAAAGUGGUGAUCCUAAUUGACCUAAGACAGGGAAUUUUUACUAGGAUUAAAUGUCAGGAAUUGAGUUUAAAUGUAUUUGUCUAAGGUGUAUGUAAACUUCCGACUUCAGCUGUAUAAAAGUGAACAAAAAACAAAGUAGAUAUUAAGCAAUAGCACUUUAUUUAAACAACCAAUCCUAAGCCACAACACUGAAUGACAAGACUCAUAGGCUGCGGCAUACAUUGUAUAAAAUUGAUAAGGUUUCAAUGCCUUGGUUUGUUAAGUUUCUCCUGUAAUGUCAAAGGUCAAUGCAGAUUACGUUGUUUGAUUCACUCAAAUCAUUAUGCAUGUAAAAUUUUUGUAACAAAUAACCAUUCACUAGCACACUUAAUGAUAUACCAAGGCAAAGUGCUUUCAAGGAUUGCAUUAUCAUGACAGUUGGAUAUUUGUUCAGGAGUGGGAGGGAGGGGGGGUUGUAUGUAUGUAAACUUCUCUGAACCCCUAAUGCUGCAUCGCACAUUCCUCUGCUUCAGUCAAAAUCUCAAAGGUCUAGGGGGAGGGGGUAGUAUGACAAAUGAUUCAUUUAUUUUAUUUUGAAUGCUUAAGGCUGGAUACGAUAACAUUUACCUUCACACGUAAACACCACAUUCAUAAUCAGACUUCAGUAAGAGCCUUAGUUAUUUGUUGCUUUUGUAAUGAAGUUAGAUAAACACACAUUCUCCCAAUCUCUCGUAGUUUCACACUGUUACAACUGUAAACUUGAUGUUUAGACAUAUGGCUCAACUUACAAACGUACAGUAAAAACCUGGAUGAUUACUGGUGGUUAAAGGAUACUUUCAGGGGGUUAAAUAAAAGCAAUCAUAAAGUACCUUGUUGCGACAAGUAUCUGAAGAAUAGCAAACAUGUACCACAGACGAGGUUCACGUGUAUGCUACAACAGACCUUAGAGAUUUCAUUCGGAUCAUAAUACAGUUUGGCUUCACAUUCCAGUGGCUGUUGUGAUAUAUUAUUUUUCCUUUCAUUUUACAUGCUCACACACACACACA